AUGCCCAAAUUCCAGGAGCGGGGAGCGCAGUCAGCCUGCUGCUCUUUACUCUCGCUAACUUCUGAUCCCGGCGGCCUGGUAGCCAAGAGAUACAUCGUUCAAGAGAGACUGGGCCGCGGGAGCUUUGGCACUGUGUACCUCGUACAAGACACCAAAGCAGGAGAGGAAGAAAACCUGAAGGUGCUGAAGGAGAUCCCUGUGGGUGACCUCAACCCCAAUGAAACAGUGCAGGCCAACCUGGAAGCUCAGCUCCUGUCCCAGCUCCACCACCCCGCCAUCUUAAAAUUCUAUGCCAGCUUCCUGGAGAGGGACACUUUCUGCAUAAUAACCGAAUAUUGUGAGGACAGGGAUCUGGACUGUAAGAUCGAAGAGCUCAGACAGGCCAAGAGAACUCUCCCAGAGCGGCAAGUAAUAGAGUGGUUCAUUCAGCUGCUGCUGGGCGUCCACUACAUGCACCAGAGGCGAAUACUCCACAGGGAUCUAAAGGCUAAAAACAUUUUUCUUAAGAAGAACAUUGUUAAAAUAGGUGACUUUGGAGUGUCUCGUCUUCUCAUGGGGUCACGUGACUUGGCCACCACUUUCACUGGGACUCCAUACUACAUGAGCCCUGAGGCACUCAGCCAUCAGGGCUACGACUCCAAAUCUGACAUCUGGUCACUGGGCUGCAUCUUAUACGAGAUGUGCUGCUUGGAGCAUGCCUUCAAUGGACACAAUUUCCUGUCUGUUGUCAUGAAGAUCAUAGAGGGGAAAACUCCAGCUCUCCCAGAGAGAUACUCCAAGGAGCUCAAUUCAAUAAUGCAAAGAAUGCUGAGUAAGGACCCAUCCCUAAGGCUGUCUGCAGGGGAUUUGCUGAAGAUGAAGUUCAUCGAGGAGAACAUGCAGAAUAUAAAGCACAAGUUUGCUAGCAUGACGCUGAAAGACAAAACACUCAAGAGCGAGAGGGACGCGGCGCACAUCAUGAGUGCCCUGCAGAAGAAAGUUCACCUGCAGACCUUACGGGAAAGGUCAGAGGUCCAGAAGAUGACCCCCAGGGAACGCAUGAGGCUGAGGAAACUGCAGGCUGCAGACGAGAAAGCCAGGAAACUGAAGCAACUCGCCGAGGAAAAAUAUCAGGAAAACCACCGCCGAAUGCAGGAGCUGAGGUGCCGCAACUUUCAGAAAGUCAGUGUGGACGUCCUGAAUGAGAGUGUGGGUGAAGCAGCCCACCAAACACAGCCAAUCACAUCACGGGACUACCAAUCCCUGCGAUGCCUUGAGCCAAUGGACAGGCAGCAGUCAGACAGGUUGUGCAUGUCUGAGCCUGUGGAGCAUGAGAUUCCUGAGGAUCCACAGACUGCAGAGGCAUACUAUUACAAAGAUGGAUUUGAGUCCUGCUCUGAUGAGGAUGAAGAGGAUGAGGAAGGCUAUGAAGAUGAGAAGUCGUUCGAAACCGUACAUAAAACGUGUGGGCAGGACAGUGACAUGGAGGCCAUGGUGAAGUAUAUGGAAGAUGUUCUGGAAAGUGAAUCCAGCGGAUCGGAGACAGUGACGGAAGACGCUCAUGUGAACCCCCAGGGGCCUGGAGUAAUCAACUGCACGAUGGCUGAGACCAGGCUGCAGCGUAUGAGGGAGUCGAUAAUGGACAGGCUGGGAGCGGAGGUGUUCCAGAGAGUGUAUGACUACCUGAAGCAGGCCAGAGAGAGGCAAGAAAGCGAAGCCCACAUUAAAGACUUCCUGGGCAGGUUGGUGGAGAAGCCCAGCGACUGCUUUGAGGUGGACCAGUUGCUCUACUUUGAGGAACAACUUCAGAGGAGCCGAGAGGGCAAAGUGUGA